AGGAUUGUGGUGUUAGACACAUCACGUGGUGGACACAACGGUCCGGUGAAAGGGCUGAGCUGGGAUCCCAUAGGAAAAUACUUAGCCACACAAUCAGCUGAUAAGAGCAGCCAAACGACGAUGUUCUCACGCCUCGACUGGUCGCCUGAUGGACAGUUUUUAUUUGCGCCAUGCGCUAUGAACAACCAAGGUCCUACAGCUCAAAUCAUCAUGCGUAAAGAUUGGGACACAGAGCUUGACCUGGUGGGCCAUCGACGAGUAACUUGCGUCGCCAUUGGAUCUCGAGACAAAUCACUCUCGGUGUGGGUUCUUCCACGAGUGAAGCGCCCUGUCGUAGUACUGCAGCGCCUAUUCAAGCACUCCGUCACGGAUAUGUCGUGGCGUGGCACGGAUUUGGUGGUAUCCUCGCAGGACGGUUCGAUUAAAUACUUGUCGUUUCGAGAGAAAGAACUCGGCACAAUGUUAUCGCCACAGAAAAUGGGCAAUGUAUGUGAAUCGCUGUACAAAAUUCGACCGGCCCAAUACUGCAAUCAGAGUAACGGGAUGUCGAUAGAUACACCUUCAAAGACGAACUCAUUUAUUGAUUCACCAGAAGAACUUAUGGCUACUAGAAAGGCGGAAGCAGCCGUGCCGAAGGAGUCCUCAAAGGUUGUGGAGUCGACGGCGUCAACCCAACGUGCUGCAUCGAAGGCGUUGACGGAGCAGAGGCAACAGCAAAUG